AUGUGUGUCUUUAUUCUCUUUGCUCCAGAUGGCCCAGAUGACCCCAUCAUUUCCCCUCCACACUCAUCUUACCAUCCAGGAGCAAACCUCAGACUCUUCUGCUACGCGGCCUCGAACCCAUCUGCACAGUAUUCGUGGCUUAUCAAUGGGAGACCCCAGCAAUCCACACAAGAGCUCUUUAUCCCCCACAUCACUGUGAGUGAUAGUGGAUCCUAUACCUGCCUUGCCUAUAACUCUGCCACAGGCCUCAACAGGACCACAGUCAAGACGAUCACAGUCUCUGCUCUGGGAUACAGUCUACCUAGUUUGCAAACAAAAUCCAGAAAAAAAAAUUUCUUUCUCAGCCUGUGUCCCUUUGGUACAAACCAAACCCUAAUUCUCCCCCUCAGCCCUCCCAUCUCUGCAGGCUCUCUCCUCGCCUUGCUUGUCUGGUUUGUCAUGGCUGACCUUGGGUCCUAA